CUCCUGCUCUUUAAAAAGUAUAGUGAAAAUUAAGAGCAUUUCAUUUAUUAAUUUAACAACGUUUAGAACGUUUGUGAUAGGAAUAAUUAGGAAAUAAAUAAUUAAACACAUACAAAAAAUGAAAAUUUGGACGAGUGAGCAUAUAUUCAAUCAUCCUUGGGAGACAGUUGUUCAAGCUGCAUGGCGGAAGUAUCCAAAUCCAAUGAAUACUGCAGUUAUUGGAACAGAUGUAGUCGAGAGAGAUAUUAAAGACGGUGUCCUUCAUUCUCACAGAAUUGUCAGUUCACAGUGGCAUUUUCCAAAAUGGGUUGAAAAGAUUAUUGGAGUUCCAAAAGUUGUGUAUGCAAGUGAAAGGUCGACAGUUGACGCCGAGGGACGACAGAUGACUUUAAAAACCACAAAUGUCACAUUUGGAACUUUCCUUUCGGUCGAUGAAGUUCUUCAGUACGCUCCACAUCCGAAAGAUCCUGCAAAGACACUUUUAAAACAGCAAGCGACUGUCAGUGUAGAGGGAGUUCCAUUAUGUCGGUAUAUGGAAGAUGCACUAACGAAAAAUAUUAGUUUUAAUGCAAAUCGCGGUCGUCAAGGCCUUGAGUGGGUGAUUAACAAAAUUAACACAGAAGUCAAAGAGAUUGAUCAUUUACUGUCACAAACAAAAAAAUCACUAGAUGGUAUUACAGAUACAGCGAGAAAAUCUAUGGACGAACUUUCGGCAUCAACACAGAAGAUUCAUUUCUAGUACGCUUAUUGCAAAAAAUACGAUAGUCAGGAAAGUAAAGAAAAUGCAGGAAAGAAUUCAUCACAUGGAACUUACAGUUGAUUGUUUGAUAACAAAACUCUUUUUUAUAUCAGCUUAUAGACAUUACAUUGUCUAAUAUCGAAUGUAUUAUGUUAUCAAUUCCCAUUUUUUUUUUUCGAUCAGUAAGAUUUCCUAAUUAAGUUUAGAAAAAAAUACAAAUUAAGGUGUAAAAAUUCCUCGUACGCUUAAUAUUAACGGAAAGUUUUUUUUAAAAAAAUUCUUAAACGAUACUGGACAAAAUUGCGUAUCGAAUCUACAUCAAAGAAAUAACUCUAAUUAAUAGUACUAGAAAAUACCUAAUUUAAAACAAAAGAUGCUGUCGUUAUAAGUUUUUUGUGUCAUUCACAGUCCCUGAUCAUUAAUUUAUAUAUGUACUGAAAGACUUUUUUUGCGCAU